UCUCCUUCUAUAAAUAGAGCAGGGCUUGAAGAUAUAACAACUCAUUAAGCUACACAGAGAACACAUUCAUACUCCAAGUCUUUUAGUUCAUCCAUUUAAGCUUAAUCAAUCAAUCAUCAUGUCUAGCACCUGCGACAACUGCGACUGCGCUGACAAGACCCAGUGUGUCAAGAAGGGAAGCAGCUACACUGCUGGCAUCGUCGAGACUGAGAAGAACUAUGUCUCCUCCGUAGUCAUGGAGGUGCCAGCAGCUGAGAACGAUGGCAAGUGCAACUGCGGUACUGGCUGCACUUGCACUACCUGCACAUGCGGUCAUUAAGCAAGCACAUCAACUAUCAUGUUUGAUGUGGGAUUGGGAGUGGAUUAAUAAUGUAAUUUCUGAUAAAUAAUCUGUGUUCUUCUGUACUUGUGGGUGUGGAGUGAACAAACAAAAGUGUCCGUGAGUGUCUUUAUCUUUGUGUCUUCUUCAUUGUUAUGUAUUGGCCAUGUCUGUGGCCUCUGGUGUGGUUUUAAUGAAGUCUUAUAAUUAGUGUA